GCUGCCGCCGAAGCUGAAACCCUCCAGUUUUCAGCAAGAGAUGACGACUUAUAUAUAUCGAUGACCUCAACACAUGUCCAUGGAAGCGAUGGCGAACCAGUUCGCCGGGUUUCAGGAGAUGAUGAAGACGACGCGGGAUACGUUGAGCGACCUCGAGGCUUGGUGCACGAUCACAGAGACAUCGAUGAUGCAGCAAUCGAAGGAGACGACAGCGCGCGUUCAGCAACCGGAGACAACCCGGCGCAGCGUUUCGACUCCAACCUCCGCCCAGGUGGAUCGAUUUGAACGCCGCGCCAUUGCUGUCGCGGCCGGGCUGGGCAUGGCCUGCACAACGACCACCGGGCAGGCUGCUCUGCUGGCGUCGGAAUCCUCUGAUCCUCGCCGACACACCCGGUCACAGAUCUGUGCCCGUGCCGAAACUGGAGUUUCCCAAGUUCGCUGGUGAUAAUGCGAGACUAUGGCGUGAUCGUUGUCUGAUGUUUUUCCAGGUGUAUAGGAUUCGCCCGUAGAUGAUGUCUAUUCGUGACAAAAAUUCCUGGCAAGCCUCAACGAGGAGAUCCGAGUGGCAUUUACUCUUAAAAAUGUCGACACUGCAAGUGCAUUGAGCUGGCAUUGCUUCAAGAGGAUGAACUUUCUCCAUCCAAACACAAGUCAUCUGGGCGGUCUUUAAUUUCACUAAAAGCUCUGAUCGCAUAGUUUCAGAAAGAAAAAAAAGGAUUCAGUGUACACGGAGAUAAACUGAAGAGCAAGCCACAGCGUUCAGAUGUGGAUGACAAAUUGGCUUCACUGAAACAGUACCGAUGCAAAACGGGCUAUGUUUCAAGUGUGGUGUGGGAAAUGGAGAACUAAUCAUUCUUGUGCACAACGCAUUCCUCUUCUUCACGUGUUGGAGGAGCUUUGGGAAAAUAAAGCAACCCUCGCUACGAGUGAAGAUGAGUUUCUCGCUCUUUUUCGCUAGAUCUACUAUGUGGACAUGUUUUUAUUUGCUACAUAUAAUUUUAUCCAUUGGUUAUGUUCUAAUUA